AAGAGCUGCUCUGAGCACCCAGGGCUUCUCUCCUUCAACCCAAGCCCCUCCAACUGACCCCUGCCUCCUGACCUCUGAUCUCACCUGCUCUGUCCUCCUCUCCUUAAAAGGCUGAGAAAACCCCAAUCUCCCCACUGCUAUAGCUGUGGGUACAGAUGCUGUGCUGCCGCUGACUGCAAAGGCCCUGUGGGGGCUCAGUUUCAAGCCCCUCCUGACCCACCAUGGCACGACGGCUGCAGGAUGAGCUGUCGGCCUUCUUCUUCGAGUAUGACACUCCCCGCAUGGUGCUGGUGCGCAACAAGAAGGUGGGCGUCAUCUUCCGGCUGAUCCAGCUGGUGGUUCUGGUCUAUGUCAUCGGGUGGGUGUUUGUCUAUGAGAAGGGAUACCAGACCUCAAGUGGCCUCAUCAGCAGUGUGUCUGUGAAGCUCAAGGGCCUGGCUGUGACCCAGCUCCAGGGCCUCGGGCCCCAGAUCUGGGAUGUGGCUGAUUAUGUCUUCCCUGCACAGGGGGACAGCUCCUUCGUGGUCAUGACCAAUUUCAUUGUGACCCCACAGCAGGCUCAAGGCUAUUGUGCGGAGAACCCAGAAGGUGGCUUAUGCAAGGAUGACAGUGGUUGCACUCCUGGAAAAGCAGAAAGAAAGGCCCAGGGUAUCCGCACAGGCAAGUGUGUGGCCUUCAACAACACUGUGCAGACAUGUGAGAUCUUUGGCUGGUGUCCUGUGGAGGUGGACGAUAAGAUCCCAAGCCCUGCCCUUCUCCAUGAGGCAGAGAACUUCACCCUCUUCAUCAAGAACAGCAUCAGCUUUCCACGAUUCAAGGUCAACAGGCGCAACCUGGUGGAGGAGGUGAAUAGCACUUAUAUGAAGAAAUGUCUAUUUCACAAGACCCUGCACCCACUGUGCCCAGUCUUCAGCCUUGGCUAUGUGGUGCGAGAGUCAGGCCAGGACUUCCGCAGUCUGGCUGAGAAGGGAGGGGUGGUUGGCAUCACCAUUGACUGGGAGUGCGACCUAGACUGGCAUGUCCGGCACUGCAAACCCAUCUACCAGUUCCAUGGAUUGUAUGGGGAGAAAAAUCUAUCUCCAGGCUUCAAUUUCAGGUUUGCCAGACACUUUGUACAGAAUGGGACCAACCGCCGUCACCUCUUCAAGGUGUUUGGGAUUCGCUUUGACAUCCUGGUGGAUGGGAAGGCUGGGAAGUUUGACAUCAUUCCUACCAUGACCACCAUUGGCUCUGGGAUUGGCAUCUUUGGGGUGGCCACAGUUCUCUGUGACCUCUUGUUGCUCUACAUCCUGCCCAAGAGGCACUACUACAAGCAGAAAAAGUUCAAGUAUGCGGAAGACAUGGGGCCAGGGGAGGGUGAACAUGACCUCGCGGCCACCAGCUCUACUCUGGGCCUACAGGAGAACAUGAGGACCUCUUGACCUCAGCCUUGGGCUCUGGACUUGACCCAGUGCAUAGCUUCCAGCAAAGGCUGGCAGCUUCCAGCCGGGUUGGAGGCUGUCCCCAGGGGCUUUUCUGCCAGGCAGACACCAAUUUGCCUUCAGUUCAGGGUAGAUACAGGCAAGGCUGUGCAAUUUGGGGAUGUGGUUCCAACUCCACACCCCCAAGGGAUCCCCAUUCGAGUCUCAGCCACUCUGAGUCCAAAAGGCCCCACAUGGCCAGACCCCUCAUGUACCUGUACCCUAGCUUUGUGCUUAUGGCCCAGGCCCUCUCCAUCCCACGCCCUCAACUGCCUAGAUCUGUGCUCUUCCACAUGGCAGUCACUAGCCACAGGUGACUAUUUGAACUUAAAUUAACUAAAAUGUAAUAAAAAGAUGCCUCAGUUGAACUAGCUCAGGAGACACAUGUGGUCAGUGGCUGCCAUACUGGACAGCACAGGGUGUUUUCAUUGGAGAAAAUUCUGCUGGGGCAGACCCACUGGAGCCCUGCUUCUGCUGGAUUACCCUGGGACGGAGGCUCAUCAACAGUGUGGAUGCCAGGGCAUACACCCACCUCCUCAACCGGAAGCAUAGAUAGCAAAUCCCCAGGCCAAGGCUUAAGAAUUGCUGUCCUAAAGCUUUUCUGGUCUAGCCAUAGCAGCCUCAGCCUUGGGCCAGCACCACCUGGCAGGUGCAGGCACUGAGCAGGGGCUCAAACACCUCCAGCAAGUGUGCAGCAUGCUCAUGUGCCAUACAGGGAUUCACACAGCCCUGUGUGCAUAUUCCCAUAUGCAAUCAGCCCUCCAUCCCCACUGUGGGUGGGAACAGCUUGGGUACUGCAAACCCGGCCAUCUGAACACACCUACACCCGAAGCAGAGAUAUGUGGUCCAUGCUGUGUUCCCCCCAUGGGGAGAUGCUCCUUCUCGAGGGAGUCAGGAUAGGCCUGCCCAUUUAGCCAUGGAACCUUACUCAGCUACCUCGGGUGGGGAUAUAAGCCUGACCAAAUCCUGGCUUCUUGCCCAUGGCCCAGGCCCAGCUCUCAUGGCUUGCCCAGCUUGGCUGAAACAUGAGGGCUGAGGAAGCAAGGGGUGGAGUACAAUAAAAGAAAU